AUGGGUUACAGAAUACUGCACCGGAGUUGGAGGUCGAUAAGGGCGAUGUGGUUUGUCAUGGUCGCAGAGUUGGCGGGGACUGUUGCUGUGCUAGUCUUGUUCGGCAUUGCGCAGCCAGAUCUCUUUCGCACUCAACUGUGGCAGGCUGGCGAUGACCUCGGCUUCAACUCGAGUCCCAACAUCAUCCUCUAUGCCUAUGCCAAUCACGAUCCUUUGCCCAAAAUUCCCUUUGUCUGGUCGCCAACGUUGACCAACUUCAAUGUCGCCAUAUCCGUAAUCAGUCUUUUCGUCCUCAUCACCAAGAUGAUUUGUGUCAUUAUGCAUGUCUGGUUUCCAUUGGUCGCCCUGUUCUUCAACGUUUCCCUUACGGCUCUGUAUGCCACGAGUAUCUACGGGCAAGCUGGGCCAGACUACGUGAACCCCGACCGUCCCAGCCCCGUCGCGUGGUACAUCGCCAAGUCUUGCGAUGUCGCUGCCAACCAAAGCGUGCAGAAGUCGUGCAAAACGGCAAAGGGUACUUUCGCCAUCACUGUGAUAAUGAUGUCUAUCUACCUCGUGAACCUGGGCCUGACCAUCUGGGCCCUGCUUCCCAGCGCAAACGACAAGAAGAGCAACAAUGCUGACUCUGAUGACGAGGAGUCUUCGCCAUCGAGCUUCACGAAGAACGACAAGUGGGAAAUGCACGGCAUGCCGCAGACUCCGAGAACGGGGUCUGUACCAUUUACACCACGCACCAUGGCAUUUAAUGCACUGGAGAGGAAACUACCCUUGAGGUCACAGUACGCGUAA